AUGAUUUUUUCAGAAGAACCAAAAGGAAUAAAAUUUAUGAUUUUUAUAAACUUAAAAGACGCAACAGAAUGGAGUGAUUUUUAUAAUUUUUUUGAUAUUAACAAGAUAUGUGAUAAGUGUAAGUCAGAAAUGCGAAUAGAGUAUGAUGAAACCUAUGUAAAUUUUCAUCAGUUAAGAUGUAUAAUUUGUAAUUGUAGAAAGCCAGAUUUAUUGUUAAAAGGGACAAAAAUAAGCAGCCCAAAAAUAAGUUUUAUGAAUAUUUGUUUAUUAUCUAUUCUUGGCUCGAAAAAAAAAUGA